CCCCCAACCAGUGCAGGGUCUUCCCUGGUCUCCUCCCCUUACCAUGCUGUAUAUAUAAGACUGAGGAUGACCGUAGUGCUAGAGAGAUCCGUCAGCAGUAUCCACGCUACCAUCACCACCUCUUAUCAUCAUGAAACUGACACUGGCAGCGGUGGCCCUGUGCCUGAUGCUCGGGGUGGCCCUGGCCUUCCCCGCACCUGAUGCUGACCCUGAAGCUGAUCCGGAAGCCCUGGCUGAGGCUCACCGUCGCUACGGCUACGGUGGUGGCUAUGGGGGAUAUGGUGGAUAUGGCGGCUACGGGGGAUAUGGUGGCUAUGGAGGCUAUGGCUUCGGCGGCUAUGGUGGAGGAUAUGGUGGAUAUGGCGGGUAUCGUCCUUACGGCCACCACCACCACCAUGGUGGUUUUUACGGUUAAUAUUACGAAUUAUAUUACUCUCUACGACAUGUCUCUGCAGACGCCGGAAUGGCGUGUGUUCAGUGAUGUGUUGACUGCGACCACCAGCUCCGUCCUGUUAGCUUCUCCACCAUUACUGUUCUGUGGUGCCUUACAAACUAUUUAUUACCUAAUGUUUUGCUAUACAAAAUAUAUUAAAUAAAUUUUAUAUUUAAAAACAUG